AUGGUUGAGAAAAUUGAUGAAGUCGGAAAAAACAGUCUGCGUGAAAGUUGGUUAUAUCUCACUCAAGACAUAGAGCGCAUUUCUAUAAGAAUAUUCGAGUCAAUUUUUCAAAAAUGUCCUGAAGCCAAGAAGAUGUUUCCUUUCAUGGUAAUCGAAGAUUUUGGUGAUGAAAAACGAUCGGCCGGAAUGCGUUUUCAUGCAUUACGAUUUAUGCAGAGUCGUAAUUUCAAGAUAGAAUAUUUCGAUAUAUUUCAUGAAGCAACGCUUAUUCAUUUCAAAAAUGCCUUAAAUCAUUUUCCAGCAUCAAGACCAAAGCGAAAACAUUCCACCAUAGUCGCUGGCAAUUUGAACAUCAGUUACACCAUUGAACUGUGGGAUGUCGUACUGAAGUUUCUUAUUGAUGCAAUGAAAUUAUCUUUGUUGCAAGGACUUCAAGAGAGGCAAACUUUCUCGCACUUGCAAAAUAUGGUCGAAAGUGAUAAUAAAGUGAAUCGAAAGCCACUGCAAGAAGAUGGCUCCGAAAAAGUGGAAAGUGGGAAAGUAGAGACGAAAAUUAUCCUACCGAAAGGACCAGUAAGGACACAACGAGCGACAAAUAGGCCGAAAAUUUUUUGUAUUCAGAAAUUAGCCAAAUGUUUUGGGCGAGUAUUUCCGUGA